CCCCCACACUCACAUCUCCUCUACUCAAAUAUAGAAAAGCUAGACAAAGAGAAGAACCCCACACUCUGAUACACUUGUUCUCCUCCCUCUCUCUCUCUCUACCUUUAUGCCUAGCUUUGCUACAUUCAGAGCAAAAAUGGCUUGUACUACUUCUCACACUAUUCCAAACUGUUAGAUCCGACAAAACAAAGCUUGUAUGUUUUUGUCAAUCUUUCCUUCUUGCUCUCUCAAACUUGGAACCCCAAAAAUGAUGUUUUUUUUUUCCAACUUCCUCAGUAAUGGCCAUGGCUUCAGCUAACUAACACUUGUUCUUGUCAUUGUCUCUGUAAACUAACCUCUUGCUAUUUCUACCACACCAGUGUCAAUGGCUCCAAGUUUUGAUUUCUCAAGGUGGUGGUCCAAGGACAGUUCAAGAAAAGGAAACCCAGUUGUGGUAACCAUGGAGAAUCCCAACUACUCAGUGGUGGAAAUAGAUGGUCCAGACUCUGCAUUUCAGCCAGUUGAAAAGGGAAGAGGUAGAAAUGCCAAGCAAUUCACAUGGGUUUUGCUUCUGAAAGCGCAUAGAGCUGUCGGUUGUGUUGCUUGGCUUGGAAACUCUCUGUACUCAUUGCUUGGCACUGUUAAGAAGAGGUUGAUUCUAGGCCAUGGAGUUUCUGCAGAGAGUGAUAAAUCCGGAAAGACAAGGUUUCUGCUUGGAGUGAUUGUUACAUUCUUGGUCAUGGCUUUGGCAUUUCUGACAUUUGAACUUGUUGCUCACUUCAAUGGCUGGCACUACUUUCAACAACACAACAGUUUGCACAUUCCACAAACUUUGGAGAUCAAAGGGUGGUUCCACACGGUUUAUGUUGGGUGGUUGGAGUUCAGGGCAGAUUAUAUUGCACCCAUAAUUCAAUCUCUCUCAGCUUUCUGCAUAAUUCUUUUCUUAAUUCAGUCAGUGGAUCGAAUGAUUCUGUCUCUUGGUUGCUUCUGGAUCAAAUACAAGAAGAUUAAGCCCUUGAUUGGUGAGGAUUUGGAAGGGUCUAAGGAUGGAUACCCUAUGGUGCUUGUUCAAAUUCCUAUGUGUAAUGAGAAAGAGGUAUAUGAACAAUCUAUUUCUGCAGUCUGCCAACUUGAUUGGCCAAAAGAUCGUUUGCUUAUUCAAGUUUUGGAUGACUCUGAUGAUGAAGGCAUACAAUGGUUAAUCAAGGGAGAGGUCUCAAAGUGGAGUCAGAGAGGUUCCAAUAUCAUCUACCGUCAUAGGCUGUUAAGAACUGGUUACAAAGCAGGAAAUCUCAAGUCUGCAAUGAGCUGCGAUUACGUGAAGGAUUACGAGUUUGUUGCGAUUUUCGAUGCUGAUUUCCAACCGAAUCCAGAUUUCCUCAAGCAAACGGUCCCACAUUUUAAGGGCGAUCCUGAGCUGGCGUUGGUUCAGGCUAGGUGGGCUUUUGUAAACAAGGAGGAGAACUUGCUAACACGUCUCCAGAAUAUUAAUUUGUGCUUCCACUUUGAGGUUGAGCAGCAGGUUAAUGGGGUUUUCCUGAACUUCUUUGGUUUUAAUGGAACUGCUGGUGUUUGGAGAAUAAAAGCACUGGAAGAAUCUGGUGGAUGGCUUGAAAGAACUACAGUAGAAGACAUGGAUAUAGCAGUCCGGGCCCAUCUCAAUGGUUGGAAAUUUAUCUAUCUCAACGAUGUAAAGGUGCUUUGUGAGCUUCCUGAAUCAUAUGAAGCUUAUAGGAAACAACAACAUCGAUGGCAUUCUGGUCCUAUGCAACUCUUUCGUUUGUGCCUUCCAGCCAUCUUAACUUCUAAGAUUGGAUUCUGGAAGAAAACAAACCUUAUAUUUCUAUUCUUUCUGCUUAGAAAGCUAAUCCUCCCAUUCUAUUCUUUCACAUUAUUCUGCAUCAUUCUUCCUUUGACGAUGUUCGUCCCAGAAGCUGAGCUUCCCAUCUGGGUUAUUUGUUACAUUCCUGUAUUCAUGUCAUUCUUGAACAUUCUUCCUGCCCCAAAAUCCUUCCCCUUCAUUGUUCCUUACCUCCUGUUUGAGAACACCAUGUCGGUAACCAAAUUCAAUGCCAUGGUAUCCGGUCUGUUCCAGCUGGGAAGCUCAUACGAAUGGAUCGUUACCAAAAAAUCCGGUCGCUCGUCAGAGCCUGACCUAUUGGCUGCUGAAGAACGCGAUUCGAAGGCCAUGAGUCUCCAACUUCACAGAGGAAGUUCUGAUAGUGGACUUUCUGAGCUUAACAAAAUAAAGGAAUGCCAAGUAACUGUUCCUAGACCUACGGCAAAGAAAACGAACAAGAUAUACAAGAAAGAGCUUGCACUUGCAUUCUUACUGCUAACUGCUGCAGUUAGGAGCCUAUUAUCAGCACAGGGGAUGCACUUCUACUACUUGUUAUUUCAAGGUGUGUCAUUCCUCCUUGUAGGUCUGGAUUUAAUUGGUGAACAGAUGAGCUAGAAGAUCAGAAAAGGAUGUGUAAAAAUAGAAAAUUGAUUGUUAUAAAGUUCAAUAAUUGAAGAAGCCAACAAAUUUGAAUGCUGCAAGAUUGUUGGUUUUGGAAGUUACAUUCAAGGUUCGUGAAUAUGGCUCAGGUAAAGUACUGAAAGCUACACUGGGUCAAAUCAUAAAUAAGUUUAUUAUUCUUGAAGUGUCACUAUAGAAAUUUUUCUGGUUUCUUGUCCUUUGAUUGUUGCAGUACAAAUGUUUUUCUUUUCCUUUUCAAUUUUCUGUAAGAUAACCCCAUUCAUUUUAUCUCAAUAUCACACCCUGUUACUCACACCACAUAUGGUUCAUAUGUACCUGUUGAAUGACAUUGAUGUAUUACUACUUCCAGCAAAAAGCUGUUCACUUCACAUGUGAAGAAUCUGAAAGGUUGUUGAGCCAAAUUUCACAUA